UCUUUCGAAUUUAUGUUUUUUUUUUUUGGUUUUUUUUAGUUUAAAGUUUAGGGUUUUAGGGUUUAAUGUUUAGAAUUGAUAACAAGUAUGGUUUAUCUUCGAAUUUAUGUUUUUUUUUUUGGUUUUUUUUAGUUUAAAGUUUAGGGUUUUAGGGUUUAAUAAAAUCAGAAGAGCAGAGAAAGUAGUGAUUAGAUUGUAAACAUCUAGUAGUCUAGUGUUUAUCUAGUACUUUGCAUUGACCUUUGGCAUGGCUUCAAAUUGAAUAGUUGAUUUUAUGCAUUCGGAUGCAUAAAUUCUAUGUUAUUACUCAUUAUAUAAGCGUUGUUGCAUAAACUUAUCAUUGCAGAAAAAUGCCCAACUCUGCUAUCAGAAAGUGUGCUCGUGUGCAGUUGAUUAAGAAUGGAAAAAAGAUUGCUGCUUUCGUGCCCAAUGAUGGUUGUUUGAACUUCAUUGAGGAAAAUGAUGAGGUGUUGAUUGCUGGAUUUGGUCGUAAAGGACAUGCUGUGGGAGAUAUUCCUGGAGUCCGAUUUAAGGUUGUCAAGGUUGCUGGUGUCUCUCUUCUAGCUCUGUUCAAGGAAAAGAAGGAAAAACCCAGGUCCUAGGUUAAGGUUGUUGGUUUUGUCUUAAAUUUUGCCUACUCAAAUGAAACUUGUACCGUCUUGAAAUGAAUACUGAGCAUCCUUAAAAAGAGACACCCUCCCCACUUUGUUUUGUGCUCUAUCCGUGUCUAUUCAAGAUGAUUUUCUAUACUCUUAGUUAUUUGCUUAUAUUUCCAAUUGGUUUAUUUACUUCUCUUAUCGAUGUCAUGAAAAUUUCCGGAAUUUAUGUUAACAAGAUCAGCUUUUUAAUGAUCUUGCAUUUAAAAAAAAAAAGGUCUU